GGGAACUCUCUGAAUUUAAUUGUAUUUCAGUUGAGAAACUGUAAUAUGUAUUUACAGAAUAUCGAUGAAAGUAGUACAACAAAGUCAAAACGAAAAAUUCAAGCUGCUGUUGAGAAGAAAUAUGGUGGUAUUGUUAACGUUAUAUGUAGUGAAUCUGAAUUUGAAUUUGUGAUAAGUAGUACUCUUUAUUGUGAUGGUGGUAAGGGUUCAAUUGCUUGCAUUGUGUUUCAUUUACCACUUCAUAAAUCUAAGCCGUAA